GAAUUUCUUGUUCCAACACCGUACCCAGAAGUGAUUCCAUGAGAUUUCAUCAUAGGUCACUAAGUGUUCCAGAAGAGUCCAGAAGAUUAAAGAGUUUCAAGGUUUAUAGUGGAACUUCUGAUGGCUAUGUGAUUGGUAGUGAAGAUGAAAUUGCAGGGAUUGAUGAACAUGCUGCUUCUAAGAUUCUAGUUCCAGGGUUACCAGAUGGUUCAAAUGGUGAAUUUGGUGCUCCUAUAAGUAGUUGUUUCUGGCAAUGGAAACCUAAACUUAAUGUACACUAUGAGAAAGCUGGUUGUGAAAACAUUGGUUCACCAAAUGUUCUUUUUCUUCCUGGUUUUGGUGUUGGUUCUUUCCAUUAUGAGAAACAGCUUAAGGAUUUGGGGCGUGAUAAUAAAGUGUGGGCAUUAGAUUUUCUAGGCCAAGGAAUGUCCCUUGCUUUUGAAGGGACCCUGCCCCUAAGAUUAAGGAAGGUGAAAGGGAUAUGGAUAGGGAUAGUACUUCGUCAUGGGGUUUUGGAGAAGAAGCUGAACCUUGGACAACUAAGCUUGUUUACUCUGCUGAUUUGUGGCAAGAUCAAGUUAGAUACUUCAUUGAAGAGGUAAAUGACAUUGUUUUAG